AUGGUUGUACUUGCAAUCAUCGACGCCAUAUUUAAUAUCAAUUUUUUUUUCUCGCUUUUUUGUCCGUUUUUUUCUCUUUUUUUAAAACAUUUCUCUUCUUUCCAAUUUCGUUCAUUUUUUUUACUUAUUUUUCGUUCAUUUCUUCUUUCUCUUUUUUGUUCAUUUUCUUUCUUUCACUUAUUUUUGUUAAUUUAUUCUUUCUCACAUUUGUUUAUUUUUUUCUUUCAAAUUAUGGUCUUCGUUUUUGUUCAUUCUUUUUUUUUCAUUUUUGUUUUCUCAUCUUUUUGUUUUUCUCCUUUCUCUUCAUUUUUUAUUUCUAUUUUUGUCCAUUUUUGCAUUUUUAAAUUAUUGUUCAUUCUUCCAUUCUUUUACUUUUUCUUUCUUUCAUGUUUCUUUCAUUUCAUUUUUCUUUUUGUGAUUUUCGUUGAUUUUGUUUUAUCCUUUGUCCCAAUUGCUUCCUUUUCAUUCAUUCAGUGGUCGUUUGCACAUUAUUUCAUUUUCAUUCUUCAUUUUCUCCUUGCCUUAUUUUCUUUUCAUUCAUUCAUUCUUUUUUCGUUACUCAUCACUUCCUUUUCAUUCAUUCUUUCUUCUUUUUCUCGUUAUUUCUUUUUCAUUUUUUUCAUUCUUCUUUUUCUCCUUGCCUUAGUUUCCUUUCAUUCAUUCAUUCAUUCAUUCUUUUUCGUUGCUCAUUACUUCAUUUUCAUUCCUUUCAUUCUUAUUUUUCUGAUUGCCUCAUUUUCUUUUCAUUCAUUUUUCUCAUUGCUCUCUUCAUUCAUUCUUCUUUGCUCAUUGCUUCCUUUUCAUUCAUUCAUUCUUCGCUUUCUCAUUUUUGUUUCAUUCUUCUUUUUCUUCUUGACUCUGUUUCUUUUCAUUCAUUCUUUUUCCUCUGCUUUCUUUUCAUUCAUUCAUUCUUCUUUUUCUCAUUAUUUCAUCUUCAUUCUUUUCAUUCAUCUUUUUCUCACUGCCUCAGUUUCUUUUCAUUCAUUCAUUUUUUUCUUUGCUUAUUACUUCCUUUUCAUUCAUUCAUUCUUCUUUUUUCUCAUUACACCCGUUUUAUUCGUUAAUUCUUCUUUUUCUCAUUUCUUUCUUUUUCAUUCAUUCUUCUUUUCUGAUUACUUCAGUUUCCUUUAUUCAUUUUCCUUUUCCCUUGCUUCAUUUUAUUCAAUCUCUUUUUCCCGUUUCAUUUAUUCUUCUUCUUUGAUCAUUGCUUCCUUUUCAUUUAUUCAUUCAAUUCAUUUUUUUCUUUUUGCCUCUAUUUCUUUUCAUUCAUUCAUUCAUUCAUUCUUUUUUUCUCGUUACAUUUUUCAUUCUUUCUUCUUUGCUCAUUGUUUCCUUUUCAUUCAGUAUUUCUUCUUUUUCUCAUUAUUUCAUUUUCAUUCUUUUCAUCCUUCUUUUUUUUCUUGA